AUGGGGGAGCAGAAAGUGAGCAGACAGUUCAAGCAAUGUCACAGGACAACAUCCUGGGCAAAGUCAAAACUCUUCAGUCGACUAAGCAGUAUGUUCCUGCGACAGUUGGGUAAGAACAUCAAGUUUGGGCAGCCACCACCCAAUGCCAUUCCCAUGAAGAAGGCAGACAGUGGCGAGGCUCGCUUGGAAGAGGAUCCGGUCCUGACCAGUCCCAUGGAAAUUGUGACUCAGCAGGACGUCAUCCUCUCAGACACCGAGAACAAAUCCAGUGAGACGCCAAGUUCUCCGGGUCCUCUGAAUCUGCCUGGAGCCGGAAGUGAGAUGGAAGAGAAGGCUGCUCCAGUUAAAACGUCUCGGCCAAAAAGGCACUUCUCCUCUGCCGGCACCAUCGAAAGUGUCAACCUAGAUGCCAUCCCCCUGGCCAUCGCCCGCCUGGACAACAGUGCCGCCAAGCACAAACUGUCCAUUAAGCCAAAAAACCAGAGGGUGUCAAGGAAGCACAGGCGACUUGUCGGGGAUCGACAGAACGAGCAAGGUGGCUUCCCGCAUCAGCUGUCCCUAGACCAGAAUGGGCACCCUGGAGAAGACAAGCCAAUCUGGCAUGAAGAGGAGCCAGAGGCGCUGGACUCGGAGGAAGAGAAGCGACGCCAAGAAGAAUACUGGCAAGAACUUGAGGCCAAGUGCAAACGGCAAAAGGCCGAAGCGGCAGAGAGGCGACGCCUGGAAGAGCAGAGGCUCCAGGCCCUGGAGAGGAGGCUUUGGGAGGAGAAAAGAAGGCAGGAGGAGCUCUUGGAGGAGGAAGGGGAGGAAGAGGAGGAAGGAGUCCAGCUAGAGGCAGCAAAGAGGCAGCGUGAAGAGGAGGCGCAGAGUCCGGAAGAGCCAGGCUGCCGAGGCCCAGCUCGGAGGGAGCAAGACGAAGAAGGGCGCCUGGGAGCCGAGGAGCCAGGUCGCCUGCAGGAAGAGGCGCGGCGCCUGGAGAGACGCGCGCAGCAGGAGGAGCUGGAGGCGCGGAGCCGGCAGGAGGCCGAGAAGCUGCGGCGGGAAGAGGAGGAGAGAGCGUUGGAGGAACUAAGAAGGCUGGAGGAGCAGGGGCAGCGGGCGGCCGAGAAGCAGCGGCGGGAAGAGGACGAGAGGCGGCAGGAGCUGGAGGCGCGGAGGCGGCGGGAGGAGGAGGCGGAGGAGGCGGCGGAGGAAAAACGGCUGCAGGAGCUCAGAAGGCAGGAAGAGCUGGAGGCGCAGAGACGGCAGGAGGACGCGGAGGCGAAGAGGAGGCAGGAAGCGGAAGAGAAACUUCAGGAAGCACCAAGAGUGGAAGAGGAGAAUCAGGCGCUGCUGGACCACAAACGGGGCUUGAGGAGCCCGCUUCAGAGCGACACUGCAGAGAAAGCAGAACAAGAACAUCUGACACCCGAGAAGCCAAGAGAAAACUCUGAGGAGCCGAGUGUUUGGGUGAAGCAGAGCCCAGAGGCCACCGAGCCAUCAGGCGAGCAGGCCGGAAAGCAGGGGGAUGUUCCCGGGGAUCAACCUUGUGGAUGGCGGGAAAAGAGGGAAGAAACCAACGCAGAGCUGCCCCAGAAACAAGAGGCCCAGGUGGAAGAGGCGUUGGCUCCAGGAGAGAAGAAAGAAGCUGCCGCUCCAGAAACAGACAGAAGGGUGGAGGAGCUCAGAUGGCAGGAGGUAGAUGAGAGGCAGACCAUGCCCAGACCCUACACUUUCCAGGUGUCAUCCGGAGGGAAACAAAUUCUCUUCCCCAAAGUCAAUCUGAGCCCCGUGAAGCCCAUGAAAGAUGAGGGGCUCGCCUCUGGUCCCCAAGAGCCAAAGGCCCCCAAAGCCAGCCCGGCCUCCCACGCCUUGCCCUCGUCCCUGAGCAUCCCACACACGGCCAUUCUGGUCACGGGAGCCCAGCUCUGCGGCCCGGCCGUCAACCUGAGCCAGAUCAAGGACACGGCGUGCAAGUCUCUCCUGGGCUUGUCAGAAGAAAAGAAGCACGUGGAUGUCCCCGCCCUGGAGAACCCACCCCGAGCCCCAGGCGAGCCCCGGGCAGGCAGUGGGAAGACCAGGCCCUCCCAGGAGUCUCCGAGCAGCGCGGCCGCGCUCGCUGAAUGGGCUUCCAUUCGGUCCAGAAUCCUGAGGAACGCAGAGGGUGACCAGCGCGGCGAGAGACACCAGUCUCGGCCGGGUGAUGAGCACACGCCCAGGGGCCGAUGUGAUUCCCGCGGGAACCUCCGGAGGACCCCGCCGGUAAAUGCAAAGUUCUCCAUUAAGCCUGCCUGGCAGAAAUUCUCUGAUGGGGGCGGGGAGAUCUCCAAACAGAACACGGAAGCGGAAAGCGUUAGAAAAAGAUCCCAGCCGGGUCCCAGCGAAGAGGCCCGGCCCCAGCUCCCUGCUGCUGAUACUAAAGAGCCCGUGAAGGGUGCAGAGAAACCGGGGGCACACCAGGAGCCAACGGACACCACGGAGGGGUGCAAAUUUGCCAAAGACCUUCCAUCUUUCCUUGUUCCAAGCCUUCCUUACCCUCCACAGAAAGCAGUGGCUCAAGCAGAACCCGUGGUCACUUCGGACAGCGAGACCACAGGUGGAGCAGGAAAGCCGGAGCCCGUGAUGCCAGGUGGGGAGGAUAAAGCUUCCCCUUUUGGAAUAAAAUUGAGAAGGACCAACUACUCCUUGCGCUUCCACUGCGACCAACAAACAGAACAAAAGAAGAAGAAAAGGCACAGCAGCACGGGGGACAGUAUCAAUGGGGCGCCGUCAAUUCCGGGGAGCACAGCUGGAGAGAGAGAGACAGAGGCUGCGGCCCUCAAGCAUGGCCCGUCCCUCCCCACCGAGAGGAAGCAAGCCCCGGCCCCCUGGAAGGACUCUGCUGAAAGCCCUCCCAGCCACUCUCCUCUUGCAGCCCAGCCUGGGUCCCCGGCUCCAGAGCAGGACAGGGCAGCAAACAGAACGCCCUUGGCCCAGAAGCCAGCCCUGGCUCCCAAGCCCGCGGGCCAGACUCCGCCGUCCUCCCCGAUCUCCAAGCUGAGCAGGCCCUACUUGGUGGAGCUGUUGGCUCGCCGGGCCGGGAAGCCUGACCCGGAGCCCGGCGAGCCAUGCAAGGAGGGCCGGGACAACGGGGGCCCCCGGACGCCCUCACCCCCGCCGACUGAGGAGAGGAAGGACCAGAAGCGGGAUGAGGAGGAAGAGGUGGAAACAGAGAGGAAGCCAGCUUCCCCGGCGCCGUCUGCCGCCCGGCAGGAAAAGCCUUCCGCGACACCCGAGGCGGGGAGGAAAGAAAAGCCGACGCUUCAGAGCAGACACUCUUUAGACAGCUCCAAACUUGUGGAGAAAGUUGAAACCGCGCAGCCACUGUGGAUAACGUUGGCACUGCAAAAGCAGAAGGGGUUUCGGGAGCAGCAAGCGACUCGAGAGGAGAGGAAGCAAGCCAGGGAGGCCAAACAGGCCGAAAAGCUCUCCAAAGAAAACGUCAGUGUCAGCCCGCAGCCUGGAAGCAGCAGUGUCAGCAGAGCUGGUUCCCUGCACAAGUCCACCGCUCAGCCAGAAGAGAAGAAGCCAGAGACAGCAGCGUCCAGGCUCGAGCGCCGAGAACAGCUGAAAAAGGCCAACACUCUUCCUACAUCUGUGACAGUGGAGAUCUCUGAUUCGGCUCCCCCAGCACCACUGGUGAAAGAAGUCACAAAGAGAUUCUCUACCCCAGACGCUGCCCCCGUGUCAACAGAACCAGCCUGGCUGGCUUUGGCCAAAAGGAAAGCCAAGGCCUGGAGCGACUGUCCACAGAUUAUUAAGUAAAGAGUGACUCUUAUCCAUUCCUACUGCCAGUUAUUGGCUCUUCUCUUGCCCUUUUUUUUAAUUUAUUUUUUAUAUGAGGUAAAGACAGAAACGAAGCUAGGGAAAAGCAGCAUGUUUUAUAGGCUCUAAAAUAAUGUUCAGAAACUGAACUGGUGGUGUUCCUUGUAAAGAGUGUAUUUGCACAGCCCUAGGUCCUGGUGCCUUGAGGUCCUCCUAAUUCUAAAGAGAAAAUUCCGUCCUAGGGACCACAUGAAGCAAAAUCUCCAGACUGAGAACUUCCCACGAGCGCCUGCCACACCCAUUCCAUGGCCCUUCCACACACGUACACCCACACACCACUCAGAACAUGUACUUUUGCCAAUCUUUGUAAUAGUUUUCUCGAUUCUGUACUCCUGUUUCUUUGUUCCAAACCAUUUACCAUGUGCUUGGGGAUUUCUACCCUUUUCUAUAGUAAUAGUGAAAGGAUCUUAUAUAAACAAGAGUGCCCAUUCGCCUGAAUGCAGUGAGUAACUGGGAAUUGCAAGUAGAAGUCUGGCUCCCAACUCUUUGCCCAUGUCUGCUUCUCAUGAUUUUGCCCCAACAGGAAACUGUAACACAGACAGCGAGUCCAUUGACUCUUCUACCGCACUGUUGAGCUACGGGCCCCGUUAUACCACAACUCUCCUCAAGGACACGUUAACCAUUUGGCCCAGCUGGCUCCUAGGGAACAUUUUUAUUUAAAAUGAUUAAAAAAAAAAAAAAAAAGAAGCUACAAAUUCUCUGUCUCUGAGAAUCCCCAUCUAGUGCAGUUGUUCUUAAGAAGUUCAGGCUCCCUCCCAGACCUACUCAAUCAUCAGAGAUCCUGUGAGGAUGGGGCCAGAUGUGUAUAUUCUGGUAAAAACUCUUCAGAUACUUCCGGUAUAUCACAGAGGUUGAGAAGUGUGGGACACACUGCUUCUAGUGUAAUCUAGAUUUUAAAACUCUGAACGGGAGGCUCAUUUCACCCAAAGCAGCAAAAGUGAGACAGGAAAAAUAAUAAAACAACCCCCCCAAACCAGCCAUUUAUUACAGGGUAUAAGAGUCUUAUUGACAUUACAUGUCUCUGAAAAUCUUUUAAAUCUUUAGGGAAAGUUAACAGUAAGACAAGAUUUGAAGUCUUUGUACUAAAGGACUUCCUGUGGGAAGUUUCUUUCUUUACCAUAAUCAAGUAAU